AUGAUCCUCGACGCGACCUCCAAUUUCUUCAACAAAAACAACAAGACAUACGAGACCGAAGUUCAGAAGAAAGAUGCACUGGUAGCGAAAAUGCCCUAUCCUUUCACCCCCGAGCAAUUGGCCAUUGUGGAGGCCGACUUCGCACACUAUAAGAGCCAUGGAUACAAAGGCAAUCCAAACGCCAAACGUGCUGAGAAAUCAAUCACGAUGGGGACGACAAUGAGGUGCUGGCAUGUUGGUCCGAGGUUCCACAGCACUGCUGUUGGGAAGUAUUUUGCCAACCGUAUGGCGGCCGAAGCGGGUCGUCCGCGUGCCACGAAAAAGACACCCGAACAACUGGCUAUGCUGCAAGAAAGCAUAUCGGACGAUCCGUAUCCCUCGCCAGGAGAGAGCAUUCUGUUUGCACAUUGUACUGGAUUGGAAUUGAAGCAGGUAAAGCAGUGGUUUGAGAAUGAGCGCACGCAGGCAGUGAAGAAUGGUGAGAUGUUGUUGACGCGGAAUGGGGAUGCGGACGCUCAUGCUACGAAGAAGUUGAUAGCUAUGUAUAAGAAGGACCCUAGUGGCACGGUGAAGAGGUUGAAGAAGGGCAAGAUUAAUCCUGUUACUGCGGAGGUCAAGUCUUAAGGCUAUGUGAUGAGAAUACUGUUAUGAUGAAACGACGAAUGUUUGUGGUUUGAGAGAAGAUAUUUGGAUUGGAUGCAGCCUGUAUUUCUGACACAUCUCGAAAUCAUCUACAACACAAUUUGUAUAUUAUGUAUAAACACUUCCAGCAAGUUCAGUGCAAUGUAAUUACUGACCGAUAUAUUAGUUCGAGCAGUCUAGAGGUUAGUCCGAGGUUCUAUAGUAUACUGUUUGGAAGUAAGUAGAAUCGUAUGAAGAAAGUCGCUGACAGUGCUGAACAGGUUGACUUUCAGCCAAGCCAAGUGUGCACAACCAUUUGAGCGCCAGGUCAUGUUGUUCUCCUUUCGAGUGCGGCAACGAACAUAGACCUUUAAAACCUGGCCAGUCCUGAUCGAGAUUCCAUUUGGAACAACAAGGAACAUUUGGAACAAUGAGAUCGCGCUUGGAACAAAGCCACCUUUGAUGUGCAGAGAGGGUCUCCUUAACGCAAACUUGGGCAAGCAGUAUCAGGGACAAUUGGCCAUGUAUUCUCCGAAGACAAUUUACAGUA